UUACUGUCUGCAUGUAGGUACACCCGGAUGAGUGUGUAUACCGUGGCCUUUGUAUCUGCGGUUGGCGUUCCUGUGUACUACCUACUGGGGGCGGCAAACAUCGCUGCUGUUCACGUCAUCUAUCCAAUCUGUAUCAUCGUGGGAACAUCCGUAACCGUCUGUUUGAUCUUUGUCCCAAAGGUGUGUGCCGUGUGGAAGGAACCAAAUGGUACCAUCGACAACCAACUCCUCAAUGGAAUGGAUGUGAAGAAGGUGGCACCAAUUGACACCCUCACCGAGAAGAUGGAAACCAGGUCCAGAUUGGAGGCCCUGCUUCUGGAGGUUCUGCGUUUGUAG